AUGCAAGCCUUAAGGAACGUCUUGAGGCUUCGACCUCCUCAUAGAAGCGUAUUUCUCGACACGUCCAAAAGAUACCUAUCUAUUACGUCUCGAGGACAUCCAAUUUCCAAAGAAGAGCUGUUUAAAUACACAAAUGGCCGAUUUCUUUCCGAGGAAGAAAGCCAGCUAUCGAAGCGCUAUGUUCGUUUCGACAUUGACCGGUUAUGUGAUGUGAUCGCAAACAUCUCCGGAACUGGGGCACAGCAGGUUUCAAGCAUAGACAAGAUGGAGGGCGGAUUCAGCAAGGCCCUUCUUAUGACAACCCUCGAUGGCGGCGAAUACAUCGUCAAGAUCCCGUGCUCGAAUGCAGGAAGGCCUAGGUACUGCACAGCAUCUGAGGUUGCGGUCUUGGACUUCGUCAGGACGCAUACCACAAUCCCAGUGCCAAAGGUCUUAGCAUGGAAUGCCGACUUAACCAACCCCGUGGGUGCUGAGUACAUUGUGAUGGAACGAGUCCCUGGGGCCCAGAUCUUCAAUAAAUGGGAUGAAAUGAGCGAGAUCAACCGCAUAUCAAUUAUCAAACGUAUCACACAAUGGGAGCAUGAGCUUGCUGAGAUUCCAUUUCCAGCUUUUGGCAGCCUAUAUCACAAAGGUUCCCUGAGUGAUCAUGAAUCGAUCCCGUUAGAUCCAUCUGUGGAUCCUGAAGGUUUAUUUUGCGUUGGCCCUUCAUGUGAUUCUCACUGGCUCAUGCAGCAUAGUCCUAAUGUUCACUAUGGCCCCUGGAAAACCAUCGGUGACUUAGGCGAAGCUCUUAUCAAUCGUUCACUUCUCAAAUCCCAACACGGUCUCAAGGCGAAACUACCGGCCUCUUUAAAUAGUCCCUUAGGGGAACAUUUGAUAACCCUUGGUAUGGCAAAAGAAAUUAUGCCAGCAAUGGCAACCAAUGCUAAGCUGCUAGCGCAAUCCCAGCCUACAUUAUGGCAUACUGAUCUUCAUAUGGGAAAUAUCUUUGUCGCUGAGGAUGACCCGGGUAAGGUCACUGGCUUCAUUGACUGGCAGCAUACUUCUAUCAGUCCCUUGUUUAUGCAAGUCCGAUGGCCCAUCUUCCUAACACCACCGGAAGACUACCCAGAGGGCCACGUAAUGCCUCAGCUUCCACCUGGCUAUGAAGAUAUGGACGCCGAAGACAAGGAAAUUGCUUUAGAUAUUAAACAAAAGGCUACUUGGGCAAAGGCCUAUGAGGUUGCAACAUUCCUGAAUGAUAGGAAAGCCUGGAGAGCGAUGCAACUUCCCUUGGCACUAAAGGAACUAUUCCGUCGCUGUGGUGAUACUUGGGAUGAAGGAAUUCUUCCGCUCCGGGAAACGUUGAUUGAACUUUUUCGCAGUCAGCGGGAGCUCGGAUUCGAAGCUGAUCUAUCGCUCCACUUCAAUGACGAACAGAUCGCAGCACACGAGAAGGAGUUCCAGGCCUAUGAAGAAUGGCAGGAAAUACGCAGCUUCGUGAAGAAACUCCUUGAUACUGAUGAUGACGGCUGGAUUCCCCCAGAGUACGAUUUCACCGAGAUGAGGUCUCGGAACAAGAUGUUGUUCGACUACUAUGUUUCCAAGCCAGAUCUUAACAAAAUCCCAGAUGAAGUCCGGAGGUUAUGGCCAUUCCCUCUAGAUGGCCUUUGA